AUGGACUAAUAAGAAUAAACAUCAUUGGGAUUACUUGGAAUUCUUGAUAUUCGUUUGAUUGAUUAAUUAUCAAAAUACUUGAUUGCUCAAGAAGUGCUAAAUUUAGGUUUAACAAAUUCUUUUUUUAAAGAAACAUUAUUGAAUUUUAAGAGAAAGGAAGUUUCUAUUAAGAAAGAUGCAGUUGUAAGGAAUAGCGAAAUCUAAUUAUAUUUAGAAUUAGAUAUAUCAGAGAUAUGUGAUAAAAUAGAAGCAAUAAUGGCAAUAGUUGAAACAAAAGAUCAAGGAUGGGCUAGUGUAAAUAAAUAAAUUUAAAAAUUUUAGGCAAGUUACUCAACAUCUUGGGUAACUUUGACACUAUUUAAUAAAAAAGAGGAUUACGAUUCGCAUGGAGUUUGUCCAUAUGAGAAAAUAAUAUAUGAAAAUUAUAGAGAAAAACAAUAUAGAGAAAGAAAGUUAAAAAUUACAAAUGUUAUGGAAAAGGAUCCAAAGAAUAAAUAGCAAUAAACGACAUUAGUUGGAUUGUGUAGAAAGGGGGAAUUUUAAAAGUUAGGAAUAGUAUUAAAAUGUUAAUAUCCUGGUUGGGAAUGUUACAUGUAAAGUGGUUAGAUCAUAGUUUGGUAUAGAGAUUGAUUGAUGAUUAGAUAGGAA